AUGGGAAGUUCUGAGGCUUAUUCAUACCCACCAAUACAGGAGGAAUUAGAUAAACAAAAAGUUCCUUUAUUUUAUAGAGAUAAAUGUGCUGCUCAUCUACUUGAAUACUACAAAUGUCUUGAUAAAGGAACAUCAUUCUGUGCCAAAACGAAAGAUGAAUUUUAUAAAUGUCAAUAUAAUGCUUUAAAAGAAAGAUUAGAUAAUUUUGCUGCUAAACAAACACAUUAA